AUGUCGCCUUCGCAUUCGUCGAGCGGGCAUUUUCACUUCGCCCACAAGUUGAAGCAUUCGCUUCACGACCUGAAAGAGAAGUUGGAGGAUACUCAUUUACACGAUGCUAAAGCUAGCCUCAUCAACACGAAGCAUAAGAUUGGGAAAUUUGCAAAUAUCUUUAAUCCAGAGCAUCGCCAUGACGAAGAACACGAGAAGGCCUGCGACGAGAAGCGCAACAAUAUCUCCGAGCGGCACCGCUUUAACUCUUACUUUCCCGAACAUGACGGAAAUCUGAUCAAAUGGUAUGUCGACGGAAGGGAUUACUUCUGGGCGGUAUCCGUGGCUCUAGAGCAGGCAAAGGAAACCAUUUACAUCGCAGACUGGUGGCUCUCGCCCGAACUCUUCCUCCGUAGACCGCCGCAUUUUAACCAGGAAUGGCGGUUAGAUAAAGUAUUGAAGCGCCGCGCAGAAGCGGGAGUGAAAAUCUAUGUCAUCGUCUACCGCGAGGUCGAGGCGGCUCUGACUUGCAAUUCAGAACAUACCAAGCACGCCCUUCAGGGCCUGUGCCCCGAAGGCUCCCCUGGAUAUGGCAAUAUCAAGGUUAUGCGACACCCCGACCAUAACGUGCUGGAGAACGCUGCCGAUAUGACCUUCUACUGGGCUCACCACGAGAAGUUCGUCGUAAUCGACUAUGCGAUGGCCUUCAUCGGCGGCCUGGACCUGUGCUUCGGCCGCUGGGAUGACCACCAGCAUAUCCUCUCCGAUCUCCACCCCGAAGGGAUCGUGAACGAAAUCUGGCCGGGCCAGGAUUUCAACAACAACCGUGUAAUGGAUUUCAAGAACGUCCAAGACUGGAUGCAGAACGAACUGAACAAGGCCGAAUACGGCCGUAUGCCAUGGCACGAUGUAGCCAUGGGCCUCAUCGGACCCUGCGUGUACGACAUCGCCGAGCAUUUCGUAUUGCGCUGGAACUUUGUCAAACGGGACAAGUAUAAGCGUGACGGGAGGUUCGACUGGCUCGAGCUCCAGGGUCGUCAGGGCGCGGACGAAGAUCUGGUGGGCGUACAACGGCCAAAGCACCCCGUGGGUGAUUACGUCGUGCAUCCCUUGACACCUAUGGCAGGCAAGAAUCUCGACAACCGCGGAACGCUCCAUGCUCAGAUUGUGCGCAGCAGUGCCGACUGGUCCAGCGGCGUACUCACGGACCAUUCCAUACAGAAUGCAUAUUCAGAGGUCAUUCGCAGCGCCCAACACUACGUAUACAUCGAGAACCAGUUCUUCAUUACUGCUACCGGAGACCAGCAGUCACCUAUUCACAACACGGUGGGGAAAUCCAUCGUAGACGCUUGCGUGAAGGCUGGUAAGGAAGGCAGAAAGUUCAGGGUUAUCAUCAUUAUUCCGGCCAUCCCGGGUUUCGCUGGGGAUCUUCGCGAUGAUGCGGCAACCGGAACGCGCGCCAUCAUGGAUUACCAAUACAAGUCGAUAUGUCGCGGCGAAAAUUCCAUCUUCGAGCAAAUCCGCGCACAGGGUGUCGAACCCAGGAACCAUAUCUUCCUCUUUAACCUGCGUUCCUACGACCGUCUGAACAAGAUCCCUGCCGUAAAGAGACAAGAGGAAGAUUCGGGCGUGAGCUAUUACGAAGUCCAGCGCGCCGAGGCCGAGGAAAUCAUGGGUGAAGGCAUGUAUGACGAGGCCGGCGCUGAUCGUGAGCAGGAGCGGUGCAAGGGGGCGAGGGAAGCUCUAAAGAGCAACGAGGCAAAGCGACGGUUCGAGGCGGCUAGGCGGGAGGAUCAGGACACCAACUCGACUUUUAGUGUAGCCCACCAUGCGAUGGCAAAUACCGGCAAGGUCUCGGACGAGGUUUGGGAGGGCGAGCCCCAGGAAGAGAUCGAAAAUUGGAUCCAAGAGGAACUAUACGUUCAUGCCAAGCUCCUUAUCGUAGAUGACCGCAUCGUCAUUUGCGGCUCCAGCAACUUGAACGACCGAAGUCAGCAAGGGAAUCACGAUAGCGAGCUGUCGAUAGUGAUGGAGGAUACAGAUAAAAUAUCGAGCGUCAUGGACGGAGAAUCGUUCGAGGCAGGGCGACACGCAGCCACCUUACGGCGGUACCUCUGGCGAGAGCAUCUGGGCCUGCUACCUCCGCAACCGCACGACGCGAGCAAUGACCCCAAUGCCCAGCCUCCGGGGGAGGACUCGCCGAAUGACGCCUGGGACGAAGACGAGAGCUACAAGUUCGUCGAAGACCCCAUGAGCGACGAGCUCUGGAACAUGUGGACGACCAACGCGACUACCAACACGGAAGUCUUCAGAGACCUGUUCCAUGCAGACCCGGAUGACUAUGUAAAAACAUUUGACAAUUACAACACCUUCCUGCCGCCCAAGGGGGUCACUCCUGGACACAUUUUCAACCGGUUUUCGCCACCGGAAGAUAUUCGCAAGAAGCUUGACCAGAUCAAGGGACACCUCGUCUGGAUGCCGCUAGACUACCUGAAGGACGCGAACAUGGCCGAGACGGGAUUGCAGGUUAACUCUUGGACAGAAAGCGUGUAUGCAUGAUGUGCGCCUGUAGAUAAUUGUAAAGGGGUGGCGGUUAGGGGAUAUACCUAACUGUGGUCGAACAUUCGUGGC